AUGCUCUGGCAGUUCGUAUCAAAGAAUAAUUUCAAGCUUGUCAUAUCCAUAAAGACCCCUCAAAAGCUUUCUCAGAUUAGACAUUUUCAAAAAUGUAUUAGCUUUACGGACUGGAAGAAUCAGAUGACCUAUCAUUAUCAGUAUUUUCACUUUUCACUUGCAGUAAGAAUGAAGUAUCGAAAUCACAGUAUGUUUGCUCGUAUCUUGUUACUGGCAAGAACUGCUGGUAUGACAGAAGUAAAGAAUGAAGAUUUUUACAAGAGUAUUGCUUUGAAUACUGUUCAGCUCAAAUCUGCUUUAACAAACUAUAAACAUAAGGCAAGUAAGAUGGAAGAAGAAAGUGUGUUUACAGGUAAGACUUUUGGAAUCAUCAUAGAUGCAAAAGAAUGGUAUUUUAUGAAAUGCUCGCUCGAUGAUCAAAAUAGGCUAAGAUUCAAACUAUCAGAACUAGUGGUCAUUGUAUAUAAGGAUGAGAAUAUGAAAAAUAUGUGA